GUUGAGUGCUUUACGAGUGUUGAGGAAUGCCACGUUUGUUUCCAUCGUUGCCUAGCAACUGGCCGUAUAGGUUGUUUUUUUUUUUUUUUUUUGCUUGUUUGUUUUUUUUAGCGGUUUAAAGUUGCCGUUUUCACAACUCAUCCAACAUGUCUGAAGCCAUCUAUCCGCAUGAAAGCGUGUACAACUGCAUCCCAAAGGAGCCGGAUGAAAUUAAAAAACCACCAAGGUAUGUAUCCAAGUACAGGCCAGCUGUCAUUCUUGAGCAUAAGUUAACCAAAGAUGCGAAGAAGACGAUGGGACCACAAAAACUAGAACUGCCAUCUCCGGAUAAGUACCUCAAAAAGCAUUCAAAACAGCCUCAACCUCCUCAGAAGUCAGAGGACGUCCAUAAGACUUGUACUAGUACUAUGAGAAAGCCACCAGUCACUGCACGGAAUAACAACCCACUAAUGGGGAUUCAAACCAAGAGGGAUUUCCUACAGACCACUGUCAUGGUUCCGAAGAAGCCUAAGGCCUCUUGUGUAAACACAAAGAAAGGACACAAACAGCUUCUGGAAAACUCUGGACUUGUCCCUAAAUACAUCAUGAAAAAGGAUUAUGGUGAAGUACCUGAAUACCUGCGACAGCGCAAUGAAGCUGAACGAAAGGCUAAGGAGGAGCACGAACACUUUGUAAAGGAGCAGAAAGUCAUGAAAGAACUGUCUGACGAGGAGCAACUAGCUACCCUAGAGGGCCUGAAGAAGAAGUGGGAUGAACUCCAUCAUGAAUAUCAGGGCCUUCCUCUCCUCACUGACACCCUGUCAAAGAAAGACCACAAGAUCCGUCUGGAAGAGAAAAUGAGUCAGCUGGAGAAGGACAUCAGCUUCUUUGAAAGGUUCAAAACCAUCUAUAUUCCCGACAAUUAGUUUCAGAUGGCAGUGGAUGUCUCUAACCUGCUCAUACUCCAGAUAUUACUUCAGAAGAAUAAAAUUCUAUAUAAUUA